GUUCUCUGGGUGGAGAUGCCUGAUGGACGGCUGAGGGAUUCGAGAGUCGAGAUAUUACAUACACAGGAGGGUAUUGCUUCGAUACGAAGGGAUAGGAUAGGUAGAGUGGCUGGCGAUAUGUAGAUGCGGGGCAGGCGGGGGAGUCACGGAGCAUGCAUGUAUGAUGUACAUAGAGCAUGAAUCAUAAUAUCCAAACGGCUCGGGGGAGACCUUCGGAAUGCGCGGUACAGUGUAUAUAGGUAGACACAUAUAGUAGAUGAAGGCUGGCAGUUGGCUUUGUCUUGUCUUGUCUUGUCUAGAACUCGCACGGCGAUACUCGAUAUUGCGAGGGAUGAGGUCGUUGGGUCGGGGGAUAUCGACAUCUCGAGAUACGAAGUAUGUAUUGUACUCUAUGUACUCUAUGUACACACUGGCCGGUGACCUGCGGCGGGCAAUCUACUACGGUACAUACUGCUAUAUAACUGGCACGGAGGGAGGACGGCCUGGACGGGGCCGAGUCUUUAGACCUAUGGUUCGAACACGCGCAGAGACACUCGGCCGCCAGAGGCAGGAAGAAACGAAGGAGGAGAGGAGGAGCAGAGGAGGAGGAGGGGCUCCGGCCGUCUACGCCCAUUUAGACGCUUGCAGCCGUGUGCCGAAGAAGCGGUCCCACCGUCCCACCGACCCAGCAGAGCGAGCACGAAUAGCAAUUCGACCUCCUCCAUUCUGCCCGACCCCACAGCCUCCCUCCUCCCUCUCCGUCCGCCAACCGCCGAUUCGAACACCGGCAGAACCACGCUGCUGCUGCCUGCGCAGCAGUAACAACAACAACCCAAGUAAGCUGGCUUUGCGACUCUUCGUAACUGACCUGGCCUGACCUGGCUGGCUUGGCUGCUUGGCUGAGUGUCCGUCGUCUGGUGUCGUCGUUG